AAUCUUAAUUUGAGCAUCAUAUUUUAUAUUAAACCAUAAAAAAUGUGUGACAGGAUCUUAAAGGUGAAUCAUUGGUGCUCCGGGGCUCUUAAAAAAAAUUUAUGAUAUUACCUUUCGGAUGGAUUCGAAUCUUCGUGCACGACAUUUCUGUGCUUUACGAAGUCAAGAUAGAUUUUAAAAUUUGUAAAAUAGUCUUCGCUUUAGACAGAAAGUAUUUUAAUGUUCAAACAUAUGCAGAAUAAUAAUUAUCCGGAGCUUAGAAAUAACAUGUUGGCCACAAGUUAAAACAAAAAAAACAAAAUGCUUAUUUAGAUUCGCGCUCAGAUAUAUAUUUUGUUAUGCACGUUUAAACGGAAACUUACAUCUCAUUGAGGUAGCAUUUGUUUUGUUUUGUUUUGAAUUGAGCAUAGAUGUUUCAAAUUCAUAUGUGUAUGAUUCAUUCAAUAACAUAGUGAUUAAUCUGGACACGCGUCAAUUCGAUAUUCUACAGUUGUUAAUAAGGAACGUCCAUUUUGGGAUGAGCAUACAUGCUGUAGCCAAUGCGACUGACAGUGUUAUAGCAACCACAGAAUGAUUCUAGAUUUGUUUUAGUUUGGCUUCAACUUAUUUCGUUUUAAAACGUUGAUUAUACAAAUAAACGUGUGGAAUAUACUAGUUUUGACAAUUAAUAUGAAUUUUGUGUGAUAUUCAUUGCGUUUUAUCUGGAUUUAUUAGUGAUGUCUUUCUGGAGUAAAGUUUGUUUAUUUCUAAUUAUAUGGUUGAGAGGACGAUUGUUGUGCAUAUGGUUUGGUUUAGUAACAUGUACGAUCAUCAUAUAUCUGAGAAACAACGUAGGGUAUACAACCGAAAAAUCAGUAUUGAAUGAACACUCUCCUACCGAAAUUUCUAUAUUAAAAAGUAAUGAUUCAUUUAAAAAGACAUUGCAAAUAUACCAAACGAGUAAGAAAUGUAACGACGCUAUGUUAGCUGCUGAUCCCUUGCGCUCCACUAUAUAUAUGAUAGGAAGAAGUUCAGUUUUUCUCGGAGACUAUAUUGACUUUAAUGUUAUACUGUACAAUGGAUAUGAUAAACCUAAGAAUACUGGAGGAGAUCAUUUACGAGCACGUUUAUACAACGACUUACUUGGUGCAUAUACUCCUGCAACAAUUUUUGAUCAUAAUAAUGGCACUUAUACCGUAACUGUACAAGCGUUGUGGAUAGGACGGGCUCAGUUAGAAGUAGAAGUUUUAUAUACAAAAGAAACCAUCAUUACUGCUAUUCGUUUAAGGAGAACAUGGGACUUUUCCAACAUUUUGGCAAUUUUUUCGUACAAGAACUAUACUGAUAAAACAACAUGUGGCCCAGACAACGAAACAGUAAAAGGAUAUUCUAAAGAAUCUAAAUUGUGUAAUUUUUCCUACUGGAAUAAUUCACAACAAUGGUUUUGUGGGAGACCCAAAUAUCCGCUUUCAUGUAACCAUUGGAGAGCAAUUACCCGUAACUGGGAGAAUUUUACCCGAGGAAUGAACACAUGUGAACAACAGCUGAAUAAAAGGGAUCGGCGUACACAUAUACAGUCUAACAUAACUGUAGAAAUACUUCCAAAUGCAAUCGAUAGUGCAAACAGGACUACAUUUGAAGAAACCAGUAUCUCCUGUUCAAAUUACAAUAUAACAAAAUUGUGGUUCAAAGAAAAACCUACCGGAUAUUACUACAAGAACAAAUGGAUUCUUUUGCACUGUAAAGGUUUAAGAAGCUUCAAUAAGGAGUGUUUUCGUAAUAAGACUUUACUUUUUUGGGGUGACUCGACACUUUAUCAGUGGUUUGUUUAUCUAAAAAACAAAUUUCUUGCUGUAAGUGAAGCAACAUGCACUCAUGGACAGGGGUGGCAUGACUAUCAAAGAUGCAACUUCAAUAAAUACAACAUGACAUUAAGUUUUCUUGGACAUAACAUUCCAGUGUGUGGUUUUAAGAGGAAAAAUCUUUACAAUUUUUUUAAAAGCAUUUCAUUUGAAAAAGUCAUUGAAUCAGAAUCAGAAAAUAAUGAUGGUCUUCUACUCGUUUUGCAUUUAUAUGCUCAUCUGCAACAAUAUAGUUUCAAACAUUUUGCUGCACAUAUAUUAGAAAUAAAAACGAGUUUAAAGCGGAUCUUUAAAACCAAGACUAAUAUAAAAGUGUACAUAAAAUUACCCCAUGCCUAUCGAAGAUUGGAGGAACCUAUAUGGAAAAUUAGACGAAAUGAUUUCAUCGGUUUCAUCUUUACACAUAUCAUGCGAAACAUUUUUAAGGGAAUCUUAGAUAGAAUAACUGUAUUGGAUCACAUGGACUCUACUAUCGCCAAGCGGAACUUAGACAUUCAUCCAUCGGAAGAAAUUGUUCGAGAAAUGGUUCUCCAGUUAAUGAGUUAUACAUGUACAGAUGAUUAAUAAUAUAAAAACUGAAUUAACUGGAAUAAAAUUAAGGUAUGAUAUAUGUAUAUACUAGACAUAGUAAAAGUCUAUUGAUGAUAAAUGUAAUAAAACCAUUUUUAAGCAACAGUCUGUCAUUUGCUUUCUUUUGUUUUGCUUUAAAUAUAUAAUAUAUAAUUUAUGUAAUUGGCUUCUGACGCCAUUUGUUAUAGUAGUUCAGAAACAUUUCCAUUAGCACCUUUGCAUUAAUUAGCACUGUAUAACUGUGUGAACUCUGAUUUUCUCCCGAUUUUUUUAAAAUCAGUAUAUGUGUUGUUGCUAUUUUACUUGUUUGAUUGCUUUUGUGUGUUUUAUUUGUCUUGUUUGGUGUUGUUGUUUUACAUUAUACCAUUGCAAUAUUAAGCAGACUGUAUUUAAAAAUGACUUGAAAGUAAAUGAAUCUAAAAGAGAGUGAUUCCAUUGAAGUUUUUAUCACAACAAAUUUGCAUGAACAAUUGAAGACUCGGUUUUAUUGAGUCUGUGCAUGAUGAAAAAUGAAAAGUACAAUAUCUCUCACUCAACCGUACAUCGAGUGGAGUAUUAUGUUCUUUUAGACAUUGAGAAGUGUUGGAAUCAGUGAACCCGAAAUAAAAUAAAACUAUGAUUCGUUAAUUAUUGCACACUAUUAAUUUUUAUUCUGAUCUGUUCUAAUAAUUUUGGAAUGUGAAAUGAAUUAUAUUGUAAUAUCUCUAGACAAGAACUUAAACGAGCACAGUUUUUGAUAUACCAAUAUACAAAAGAAGAAGGCGUGGACGAUAACUUGCACUUUCAAGCAUUUUCCCUGAAAAGGCUCAAUUAAACCGAGACUGCAACGUUUUCUUUUCAUUCUUUUGUUUUUGGAUUUAUUUAAAGAUUUAUAUUAUCUCUAGUUUAUAGAAUACCUAUUGUUAUUGUUGUUAAAUGGCUUAGCUGAUGCAUUAGAAUAGCCUUAAUCAGAAUCAUAAAAUACUGGUGUCUGCAAUCUCAUCACACUAACAAAAUAGAUCAUCAGUUUUGUUUUUAUUUAGCAAAUCUUCUUUGAGAAUGAAUCAAUUUAUUUGUAGUUUUGUAAGUUGUAUUUGUAAAUUUUAGUGCCAUGAAAGUUGUAGGAAGGUAUUUUAAUGAUACUAGAAUUUGGUUUUCUUUUAAAUAUCUACAGACUACUUGCAUUUCUUGUAUCCACACAUAAUUCAUUCCAAUCUUUGAAAGUAAAAUAGAGAAAUAAUUUUGAGAACAACUGAGAGAUACAAUGAAUAUUAUGCCUAUUUCUUAUUUUUUUUUAUUUGUAUAUGAAAUGAUGUCUUCAACUACUAAAGGUACAUAACUUUAGAUAAGAAGGGACCAUAAUGUAAACCAUUUCUUAGAACAUAAUUACUUUGUGAUUACGUCUCCUUGAUUUUAGGGUUUCUAAACAAGACUAAGUGUAAUUGUUAGAAAGGUAGUGUCUCCUGAUAAAUAACAAGCGGUCUCCAAAUCAAUUUGCACAAAAUCGUUUGAUUCGUUCAAUGUCAUAUUAUCCCAUACUACCUUAGCGUACUCUUAAAUAGGUGUGAUAAAAGAGUGAUAAAUUAAUCCAAGAUAUUGCCUUUCAAGAGUAGACUUGUGUUUCCCAUAAUGUUGAAUCUCUACCAAGUAAUAAGUUUUAUAUCAAUUAUAUAUUCUGUACAUGAUUCUUUUAAGACAGAGUGAUUCCUAGAUGCUUAUGAGAUUCUUCUUCAGCAACUUGAAUGUUGUUCAAAAAGAGGGGUGGAUUGGUUAUAACUUCAUUUUGAUAUAAGAAUAGAUUCAGUUUUAUUUGUAUUGAGUUCAACCAACCAUGCUUCUGCCCAAUUACUAAUCUUCCAAAUAUCUGAAUUUAAAAUUUCAAUAAGUACCAAUUAAAGGAUUUUCAACAAUGAUGUAGAGAGACUUGUCAUUAGCAGACGGUUGGAAUGUGUGUAAUUUGUUUAAAUAAGAUCAAUUAGAAAUGUUUGUUAUUUUGUGUGCAUCUCAAGUAUUUUCUGUGUUCAGGUCUUACUAGGAGAAUUGUCUGCAUGAGUUUAUGAGAAAGGAUUAUAGGCAGGAACUUUUCUAUCUUUUUAUUUUCAAGUCUUUUAUUUUUUUCUUUAGUUUUUCGAGCUUGAGCAUCCGACAAAUUUGGUUAUUUUUUCAACAUCCUUUUGACUGCGCCUACUACUUUACUGUUUACAUUUUAGCCCUCCCUAAUUGUUCAGGAAAUUAAUUCGUAACACACAUUAUCAGGAUCACCAGAUCCGUUUAAAAAUCGAUUGUUUUUAGUUUCACCAAUUGUUUCCUCGUCUAGGGCGCAAGCAGUUUUAAUUGGGGAACUUUUUCCGCUUUU